AUGGAGAAGCUUUUCAGUUGUGGUAUCAUCGUCUUGAUUUCCUGCAUAGCCGUCGGAUAUGCUGAGAAGCAGCCGCAACCGCACCUUCUCAUCCAGAAGUCUGUGCUUGUAAGCCGACCCUUUGCUGGCAAGGACAUUCCUUUCCAGUAUCGCCUCUUCAACAUCGGAUCCGGCCCUGCAUACGAUGUCACCCUGGAGGACGACUGGUCGGCUGAGGAGUAUUCCGUCGUGUCAGGGAUGGUGUCGGGGAGCUGGCCUCAGAUCCCAGCAGGAGGAAACGUCACCCACAUCGUUGUGUUGAAGGCCCACUCCUUCGGCUACAAGUCCAGCACCCCUGCCAAGGUCACCUACAAGGCAACGCAGGAUGCCGCUGAUGUGCAGGUGGGUUAUUCCAACGAUCUGGGAUUGAUCCCUGUCCUUUCUCACAAGGAAGACAACAAGCUCUCUGCCCCGCACAUUACUGAAUGGCUCUUGUUCAUUGCUAUGGCUGCGGGUCUUGGCUUCUUGCCUCUUUUCCUAUUCAGACCACAGGUCAGCGCUGAUGCUGGCAAGAAGAAGGUCAAGUCAAACUAA